AUGUCGUUGGCGAACAUGUCGAAAGCAUUGAAAUGUGCUAAUAAUGACGACACGUGUAUGAUCAAGUAUGAGGAAGGCGACAGCGAUAGUAUUACCUUCACAUUCGCUGAUACUAAGAGGGACAAAACACAGGACGUCACAGUAAAAAUGAUGGAUAUCGAUAGCGAACAUCUGGGCAUUCCUGAGCAAGAUUAUGCCGUUGUGUGCGAAAUGCCCGCUUCAGAGUUCCAGAAGACAUGCAAGGAUUUGACCAUGUUCACAGACACACUCAAUGUUACUGCUACUAAGGCUGGUAUCGUUUUCUCUGGAAAAGGUGAUAAUGGUCAGUCGGUGAUUACCUACUCACCAAAUAGCAGUGCGGAUAGCGAGGACGAUGCGGUAACCCUGGAGGUGACAGAUCCGGUCAAUGUGAACUUUUCAAUCAAGUACAUGAAUCAGUUCACGAAAGCUUCGUCGCUGUCAAGCCGUGUUCGUAUAUCACUGAGCAACGACGUGCCCAUAGUUGUUGAAUAUAGACCUUCACAAUGCGAGGCGCAGUUGGCAAGCGCUGCACUCCUUAAGAAAAUUAUUGAAGCAAUCAAGGCUAGUAAUUCUGGUGCCCAUCAAAUAGCAUCAAAAGUUAAAAGAAAUGUUCAGGUUGGCCUUUUUGAUACCUAUCGAUGUGAUAGGACAAUAAACCUCGGAAUGUCGUUGGCGAACAUGUCGAAAGCAUUGAAAUGUGCUAAUAAUGACGACACUUGUAUGAUCAAGUAUGAGGAAGGCGACAGCGAUAGUAUUACCUUCACAUUCGCUGAUACUAAGCAGGACACAAACACGAAGAUAGAGGGAAUGAAUGAGAUUGUGUUUUCUAGAUAUCCUUUAACUGAUGAUGGGAAGUCCACCGGCCAACAAAACGGUCAUCUUCGGUUCUACUUGGCCCCGAAGAUUGAUGAAGAAGAGAACAUGGAUUAA